AUGCCUCUACCACUGUUGAUACUGUUCACAAUAUUAGCAGCAAUCAUAAUUCUACUAACGAUAUUCGGGAAUUUAUUAGUGCUCUUCUUUAAAGCACGUGUUGGACGUACAAAUACAACAUUACUGGUGUGGAAUUUAGGCUUAACUGACUUUUUAGUUGGUAUUUUUGUAUUGCCAUUAGGUGCGUUUCAUAUUAUUGCAAAACAGUGGAGAUUUGGACGUUUUUUGUGUCGAUUAUGGGUUGCUGCUGAUGUCACCUUUUGUACGUGUUCUGUGGUGACAAUCUGUGUGAUAUCUGUUGAUCGAUACUUAGCCGUUACACGUCCAUUACGUUACAAAUCAGUUGUCACCAAAAGUAAAGUUAUUAUCGCCAUGAUUAUAAUAUGGACAUUUUCAACGUCUAUUCUGUUAACGACUGUACGCUGGGAUCAACCGAACUGCAUCGAUAUGACUGUUUGUUUUGUUGGACACGAAAUUCGGUAUUUAGCACAUAGCGUUGUAUUUGCGUUCUUUUUACCCGCAUCAGUAACACUGACGCUUUAUUGGAGGAUCUAUAGACUGGCACGAAAUCGACAACGUGCACUAGACCGUGGCUUCUUAAUGAUUCUUGGGCACAAUAUGAACUUUCUUACCAAUACAAUUAGUCAACAAACAGCCCUACGCGUACAUUUCGGUAAAAAGAAUGGUAUGGUUGAACAUCAACGUCGUGUUUUACGAACACACGAACGUAUCGCUAAAACACUUGGUGUUGUUUCAUGCUCUUUCCUAUUCUGCUGGUUGCCAUUCUUUGCUUUAUAUCUGACAAAUUAUCAAUGUAAAUGUAUUCCAACAGUGGUUAUUGAUAUCGCAUCGUGGUUAGGCUACUGCAAUUCCAUGUUAAAUCCAAUCAUUUAUUCGUUCACAGUAAAGGAGUUCAAGCGUUCAACAAUUCAACUCAUAUUACCGCUAUGGAGACUAUUGAAUCGCCUAAUACCUAACUGUAUAGCAGCACCACCCGAGCACAUUGCAUCACGUGUAUCUCGUACACGCGGUACACGUGCCAAACCGAAACGACGUUGCUCACUGAAAUUCAUCUCGAACAGAUCCGGCUUUAUCAUACCAAAUUCGAAACAACUUAUCAAUUCGUCGACGACUAAACGUCGACAAACGAUACCAACCGGUAUGAGCAUUAAUACGGAUACUGAUGCUGCUAUUAUCAACAACAACAUGACUCAACGACGAGUAGUUACGAUUAAAGAAGGGCGGCGCGAAGUUUUAAAAGGACUGAUGAAGAGAAGUUUAGACGAUGUUGUCCAUGAUAAUGAGUCAAUGAUGGACACUUUUGUUGAGGAUGAUAGUAACCGAUGGAAUGUUAAUGAUCAUGAAGAUAAUCUGAAGAUAUGCAGUGGUCUAGUGAGCAAUGAUAAAGAGACAAAGAAACAUUGCUCAAUGCGCGAAACUAUUCCAACGAGCCCUAGUCGAGACGAACAAUCUGGUUCUCAACAGUCAGCAAAUAACAUGAACAAUAACAACACUGCGAAUAGCUGUGCUAAUGAAGACUGCUGCUUCGAAGCUAAAUCACCUCAUGUGAAUGAUGCAAUGCCUCGACCAUCAUCACCAACUCAUUUCAAACUUAAUUCGAUCAUCAAUAAUUAUCAAUCAACAGCCACAACAAUACGUGUUUACUGCCUCACUAACGAGGCUUCUCUUUAA